AUGUCGGCCCCGCUCGUCAAGGUCUUGCACCGUCUGCAGGAGCUCUUCCAUAACGUGGUAUCCGCCCUCGAAGCUAUGAUUCUCUUCCCCUCGCUGUUCCGCGGCCUCUCGCGCCGAAAGCGCAAGCCCUUCCUGGGUGCCCACUGGCGCCGUCGCACCCUGGACGACUUCGCCGAUGAGGUCGACACCCUCUUCACCACCCCGCUGUCCACGCCCAAGAUGAUCGAAAUGUCCGAGAAGAUCCGCGUGCAGUUCCGCCAUUGCUUGCAGAACAGCCCUGUUUGCAUGCUGCCUUCGUACAACCACGCAUUGCCCACGGGCUCCGAGACGGGUACAUUCCUGGCGCUGGAUGUGGGAGGUUCGACGUUCCGGGUUGCGCUGAUUGAGCUGCACGGACGGGAUGCGGAGAUGCGCAUUGUGAAGGUCGCGUCGUCGUACAUUGAUAAUACCGUCAAGUUGCUGGAGGGUACACAAUUCUUCGACUGGAUGGCUGGACAUAUUGAUGAAAUGUUGAAGAGUGUUGGCGCGGAUUAUGGCCGUGGUGAGGCUGUACUGCCAAUGGGCUUGUCCUGGUCGUUCCCCAUUGAUCAAACCUCCAUGGGCAGCGGAUUGAUGAUUUCCAUGGGCAAGGGUUUCCAUUGCUCGAAUGGCACCGUUGGGCAAGAGCUGGGCGAUCUGCUGAUCCAGUCUUGCCGAAAGCGUGAUCUCAACGUUGCGAUGGCGGCAAUUGUCAACGAUAGCUCCGCGGCUCUGCUGUCGCGUGCCUAUGUGGACCCCAAGACCCGCAUGUCCCUGAUCCUGGGAACCGGCACCAACAUGGCUAUUCACUUCCCUGUGCACGAGAUUGGACGGAGCAAGUUCGGUGUUCGUCCCGAGGGUUGGUUCGACUACGCCAAGCACGUCAUUAUCAACAGUGAAAUGAGCAUGUUCGGAGGCGGUGUUCUCCCCAUGACCCGUUGGGACGACGUGCUGAACCGCACGCACUUGCGUCCAGACUACCAGCCUCUCGAGUACAUGAUUACUGGUCGGUAUCUCGGAGAGAUUGUGCGUCUGAUCAUCGUGGAAGCUGUCGAGACAGCCGGUCUUUUCGGCGGCGACCUCCCGCACUCCAUGCGCGAGGCUUACUCUUUCGACACCAGCAUUGUCGCUUUCAUCGAAGAAGACACGUCCGGCUCGAUGUCUGCCUCUGCGGCUUUGUUGCAGAAACAACAUACCUUCCCCAACACCCCUGCCGUUGAGGACCUGCGCUUCGUCCGACGUGUCUGCCAGGUCGUCUCGCGCCGUGCCGCUGCCUACCUUGCAACCGCCAUUCACAGCAUGUGGUGCUUGAGUUAUGAAGUCGAGUCCUCAACCUCCUCCGUGUCCGGCAACCCCAUCAAGGAGUCUCCGGAGAUUACUGUCGUUGAGAGCGACGAGUCUGCCAAGAACCUGUCCAUUGCUUGCGACGGCACCGUCAUUAACAAGUACCCUGGCUUCCGCGAUACUUGCCAAUCCUACCUGGACCAGCUAUCUGAACAAUCUCACCGCACCGCUGGAUCUGUGAUUCGCCUGGAUCCCGCGCCAGAGAGCGCUAUUCUCGGUGCUGCGGUGGCUGUGGCCGUCGCUGUGGCAGACAAGUCUGAGCAGCGGUCAUAA